CAGUUAUUGAACAAGAUAGAAAGCUUGAGCAAUGUCUGAAAGUGACGCAAGAAACCUGUUGCACCUAUUUGAUAGGCCGACAGAGCCUGUUUUUAUGCCCAAAGGAGAUUCAAACGCCGUUUUCGAUGUUCCUCCUGAGUAUUUGAUGGACCGUUACAAACCUCUUAAGGACACUCUAACCGACAGGUUCGGCGGUGGCGAAAGGAUCCCAGUCAAGAAGAUAACUCUGCCCGAUUUGAGCCUUCCACUUCAGCUGAAGAGAAGAGACAACUUUUCUUUGUUUAUCCCUCACCACAGGAAAAUGGCAGCCCGUCUAAUCACGAUUUUCAUGGGCAUGAGAAACCUCGACGAUUUCAUAUCCGCUUCUGUCUACUGCAGAGACAGGGUGAAUCCUUACUUGUUCAUCUACGCCCUGUGCGUGGCGAUUCUACACCGGCCCGACACCAAACACCUCCCGGUUCCGAGCCUGUGCGAAGUGUUUCCAGAUAAAUUUAUGGAUGGUCAAUUGUUCGCAGAGGCGAAGGAGGAAAGUAACAUCGUCCCUGGGAACCAACGGAUUCCGCUUGAAAUUCCCAAAGAUUACACGGCGACUGAUUUGGACGUAGAGCACAGAAUCGCGUAUUUUCGGGAAGACCUAGGCGUCAAUUUGCACCACUGGCACUGGCAUUUGGUCUAUCCUAGCGACGGACCGCUAGAAAUCGUCCAAAAGGACAGACGAGGAGAGCUGUUUUGUUAUAUGCACGGACAAGUAUUGGCGAGGUACAAUUUCGAGAGAUUUUGCAACAAUUUGGGAAAAUGUAAGAGGCUCAAUAAUUGGCGAGAACCAAUGGCAGAAGGGUAUUUUCCGAAGUUGGACAAUCUCGUCGGAGGGAAAGUAUGGCCGGCUCGGACUGCAAAUACCAAUCUCUCUGACAUUUAUCGAGAAACGGAACAAAUAAAAUUUGACAUUCAAGACCUGGAAAGAUGGAGAGACCGCAUAUUCGCCGCUAUUCACAGCGGUUUCGUGGUCAACAACGAAGGCCAAUCGAUCCCGCUAGAUGAACUGAACGGCAUCAAUAUUCUAGGAAAUCUUCUUGAAUCCAAUAUGCUUUCCGUGAACAGAAAUCUUUACGGAGAUCUUCACAACAUGGGGCACAUAGCGAUCGGCUUCUGCCACGAUCCCGACCACAGAAAUCUCGAAACAUACGGAGUAAUGGGUGAUUCGGCCACGUCGAUGAGAGAUCCUAUAUUUUACCGCUGGCACGCGUUUAUAGAAGACAUUUUCCAAGAAUAUAAAAGCAUUUUGCCUUCCUAUUCAGUCGAAAAUCUGGAUUUCCCUGGUGUCCGGGUGACGGAAGUUCAGGUCAGUGCGGGAGAAGGUCGCCUACCAAACCAAUUGUUUACCUUUUGGCAGCAAGACGACGUCGAUUUAUCCAGGGGGCUGGAUUUCUCUCCUCGCGGUUCAAUCUUUGCUCGCUUCACACAUUUACAAAAUGCUCCAUUUAAAUACACUAUUGUCGUAGAAAAUUCAAAGAGCGAUAUGAAAGGGACUGUAAGGAUUUUCAUGGCGCCAAAGUAUGACGAAAAGGGUAGAAUGUAUUUCAGGGAUCAAAAAAAUCUUUUCGUGGAAAUGGAUAAAUUCGUUCACAACUUGAAACCAGGUAAAAACGUCAUCGUAAGAAAUUCGUCCGAUUCUUCAGUGACGAUUCCAUUUGAAAGGACUUUCCGAAACGUCGAUGCUAAAUUCAAGGACGAGCCCAUGUCCGAUGAGAUGAACUUCUGCGGAUGCGGAUGGCCUGCUCAUAUGCUCGUCCCGAAGGGAACUCCCGAAGGCUUCCCGGCAGAACUGUUCGUCAUGGUUUCGAAUUAUGAGGAUGACAAAGUACAAGGCGCUCCGUCCACUUCCUGCUCCGACGCUUCCAGCUACUGUGGCAUCCGCGAUAGCGUUUAUCCUGACAAACGGUCCAUGGGCUAUCCGUUCGACAGGCAGCCCCGUUUUGGCGUCGACUUCUUGGAACAAUUCGUAACACCGAACAUGUGGGUGCAAAACAUUGGCAUAUUUUUCACAAAUAAAGUUGUCCAAGCAAAUUCAGCUACCACUGUUCAAAAUGACAACAACAAUUCUGAAGAACCAGCCUGUAAGAUGAGUAAGAAUAAGAAUGUGUUGCUCCACCUUUUCGACAGGCCGACAGAGCCCAUGUUUUUGCCAAAAGGGGACAAUGAACUUUUCCAACUGCCUUCUAACUACUUGACGGAUCAUUACAAGCCUCUGAAGCAAGAUUUUGAAAACAGGUUCGGGUCCAUCGGGCCGGAGAGAAGGAUUUCUGUCAAAAACAUCACACUGCCGGACAUACGUUUUCCUCUUGAGCUAGGAAGACGCAAUUGUUUCUCUCUAUUUGUACCUUAUCACAAAAAAAUGGCUGCACGUCUCAUUGAAGUUCUAAUGGGGAUGAGGGAUGUCGACGAUUUUCUAUCCGCUUCGGUCUAUUGCAGAGACAAAGUAAACCCUUAUUUGUUCAUGUACUGCUAUUCCGUCGCAAUGCUCCAUCGCACUGAUACUCGAGAUCUGACGAUUCCUUCUCUUUGCGAAAUCUUUCCGGAGAAGUUUCUAGACGGAGGGCUGUUCAAAGUGGCCAGGGAAUCAGCAGAAUUGCAGAUAACGCCCGAAUCGAGAGCAAAUAAUCCGGUGGAAAUUCCAAGGGAUUAUACAGCAACAAAUGCUGAAAUCGAACAUCGACUCGCCUACUGGAGGGAAGACUUAGGCCUGAACCUUCACCACUGGCACUGGCACUUGGUAUAUCCGACAGAGGGACCGAAAAACAUUGUCGAUAAAGAUAGAAGGGGUGAACUAUUCUAUUACAUGCAUCAACAAAUAAUAGCCAGAUAUAACACAGAAAGAUUUUGCAACAAUUUGGGCAUGACUGAAAUGUUAGACUUUAGAGCGCCUAUAAAAGAAGCCUAUUUCCCAAAACUCGACAACGUCGUAGCAGGCCAAGUCUGGCCGCCGAGAUUUGCCAACAGCACACUCCAGGACAUCAACAGAGAGGCGGAUCAGGCUAAGUUCGAUAUUCAAGAUUUAGAGCGUUGGAGGGAUAGGAUUUUAACUGCUAUUAGAGAUGGCAGUGUAAAAGACCAAAACGGCCGUCAGAUUCAAUUAACCGAGGAGAAAGGAAUCGAUAUAUUGGGCAACAUAGUUGAGGCGAGUAUGCUUUCGCCGAACAAGACAUUCUACGGUGAUCUUCACAAUUUCGGCCAUAUGGCUAUCGCUUACUGUCACGAUCCGGACAAUAGGAACUUAGAACCGAACGCGGUUAUGGGUGAUACUGCUACUGCAAUGAGAGAUCCUGUUUUCUAUCGUUGGCAUUCGUUCAUCGACGACAUCUUUCAGAAGUACAAAUCGUCUUUGCCUGCAUACAAAACUAACCAGUUGAAUUUUCCCAACGUUCGUGUCACAGGAGCCGAAGUGAACCCGGAAGGAAGAAAAAACAGAUUUUCUACUUUUUGGCAAAAGAGUGACGUCGAUUUAUCCAGGGGUCUUGAUUUCACACCCGGGGGACCUCUAUAUUUCAGAUUCACUCAUCUUCAACACGAAAAAUUCUCUUAUAAAAUUCACUAUGAGAACAAAGGUGAAAGGAAACUAGCGACAGUUAGGAUUUUUCUGGCUCCUAAAUUCGAUGAGAAAAAUCGUCCUAUUGACUUCAGCAAGCAAAGAACUCUUUUUAUUGAGAUGGACAAAUUUUUAGUGAAGCUUGACUCGGGUAAAGGUUCGUUCACGAGGAUAUCGGGGUUGUCGUCGGUAACAAUCCCAUUCAGCAGAAUGUUCAAAAAUUUAAGCAACAGCGGUGACUCAAGCGCAUCUCCAGAGAAGGCAGCGAACAACGCCUGUGGCUGUGGAUGGCCUGAGAAUUUACUCGUACCGAAAGGAACGGAGAAGGGUUUUCCGUGCCAGCUUUUUGUCAUGAUGACCGAUUUAAAAAGCGAUCUUCCAGAAGGUUUAGACAUGGAACCGAAGAAGUGUUCUGAUUCCGCUAGCUACUGUGGCAUCUUAGGCAGCGUUUAUCCUGACAGACGUGCAAUGGGAUUUCCGUUCGACAGGCUCCCGAGGGGCGGUGCUGACACCCUGGAAAAAUUUCUAACACCUAAUAUGUUAGUUACAGACGUUAUCAUCCAACACACGAACAAAACCGAAACUGGGGUCAAAGCAUCAAGUGCCGGACGUACAGAAUUCGAACGAACUGCACGGUGCUCUUAGAGGAUAAUUUGAACCAGUAAAAUCACAUUUAAGACUUAUUCUAUUAAAAGUUUAAAAUUAAAUAAAAAAGUUAUGUUGUAUUCCGAAUAAAUAAUAUUUAAUCACAGAA